GCGUUUCCGGUCGGGGAGAGCUUGCUUCCUCGGGUUGAAAGUGCAUCCCCUCUUUAGCACGUGGCGUUCCCUUUUAGCUUAGGGGCUUCUGAGUAGUUUUCUAGGCGGGCCUCUGCCGAAAGGCGGUUUGGUGGUCCGCGGGUAGGGCUGUCUCUGUGCGGUUCCUGUUCCAGCGCUGGGCGGACGGCCUCCCGGGCGUCGGGGCUUUGCGCGCUUCCGUCAUGGACUACCGGCGGCUGCUGAUGAGCCGGGUGGUCCCGGGGCAGUUCGACGACGCGGAUUCCUCCGACAGUGAAAGCAUUGACUUGAAGACCAUCAGAGAACAAGAUGGUGUUCUGUUUGAGGACCUGCAGAAGAAUAUGUCUGAGAAGAUGGAGGGAGGUGAGAUGGAGGAGGAGGAGGAAGAGGAGGAGUACGAUGAUGAUGACGACUGGGACUGGGAUGAUGGAGUUGGGAAACUCACCAAGGGUUAUAUCUUGAAUGCAAGGAGUAACCCUCAGGCAAAUCGACAGACUUCCAAUUGCAAUUCAGCCAAAAUGUCUACUCCAGCAGACAAGGUCUUACGGAAAUUUGAGAAUAAAAUUAAUCUAGAUAAGCUAAAUGUUACUGAUUCUGUCAUAAAUAAAGUCACCGAAAAGUCUAGACAAAAGGAAGCAGAUAUGUAUCGCAUCAAAGAUAAGGCGGACAGAGCAACUGUGGAACAGGUGUUGGAUCCUAGAACGCGAAUGAUAUUAUUCAAGAUGUUGACUAGAGGAAUCAUAUCUGAGAUAAAUGGCUGCAUAAGCACAGGAAAAGAAGCUAACGUGUACCAUGCUAGCACAGCAAAUGGAGAGAGCAGAGCCAUCAAAAUUUACAAAACUUCUAUUUUGGUGUUCAAAGAUCGUGAUAAGUAUGUAAGUGGGGAAUUCAGAUUUCGUCAUGGCUAUUGUAAAGGAAACCCCAGAAAAAUGGUGAAAACUUGGGCAGAAAAAGAAAUGAGGAACUUAAUCAGACUAAACACAGCACAGAUCCCAUGCCCAGAACCUGUCCUGCUGAGAAGUCAUGUUCUUGUCAUGGGCUUCAUUGGUAAAGAUGACAUGCCAGCGCCACUGUUGAAAAACGUCCAGUUAUCAGAAUCUAAGGCUCGGGAGUUAUAUCUGCAGGUCAUCCAGUACAUGAGAAGAAUGUAUCAAGAUGCCAGACUUGUCCAUGCAGAUCUCAGUGAAUUUAACAUGCUGUACCAUAGUGGAGGUGUGUACAUCAUUGACGUUUCUCAGUCCGUAGAGCAUGACCACCCACAUGCCUUGGAGUUCUUGAGAAAGGACUGUGCCAAUGUCAACGGUUUCUUUUUGAAGCACAGCGUUGCCGUGACGACCGUGCGGGAGCUCUUUGAGUUUGUCACGGAUCCGUCCAUUACACAGGAGAACAUGGACGCUUACCUCUCAAGGGCCAUGGAAAUAGCAUCUCAAAGGACCAAGGAAGAAAGGUCCAGCCAAGAUCAUGUGGACGAAGAGGUGUUUAAGAGGGCAUAUAUUCCUAGAACCCUGAAUGAAGUAAAAAACUAUGAAAGGGAUAUGGAUAUAAUGAUGAAAUUGAAGGAAGAAAAUAUGGCCAUGAAUGCCCAACAAGACAAUAUUCUGUACCAGACCGUUACAGGAUUGAAGAAAGAUCUGUCUGGAGUUCAGAAGGUCCCUGCACUUCUAGAAAAUCAGGCUAAGGAAAAGGCUUGUUCUGAUUCAGAAGAUGCUGGAAGCUCUGAGUGUUCUGACAUAGACUCAGAAGAGCAGGGAGAACAGGCCUGCUCCAGGAAACCCACUGCUGACGUUGAAGUUGAUAAAAAGGAAAGAAAAAAGAUGGUCAAGGAAGCCCAGAGAGAGAAAAGAAAAAACAAAAUUCCGAAGCAUGUGAAAAAAAGGAAGGAGAAGACAACCAAGAUGAAAAAGGGCAAAUAGAACCAGAACUCGAGACAUAGAGUAAUCUUCCAUCAGUCGCUUUUCCCGCCUGCGCGGUGAGCUGCGCCUGGAAGGGGUUCUCACGGCAGUGUUGUGAACAUGGGCUCACGUGUGCUCACGUGUUCUUGUGUAAUUAUGUAACAAGCUCUAAACUCUCCCCGUCUAGAUGCACUCAUUGCCUCUGGGUGGUAUUGACAGAGGAUUUAUUUAAACUACUAUUUUAAUGAAGAACUUUAUACAGUUUUAUUUUUAUAUAUAUUUUUUUCUCCUGCAAUAUGUUUUUCGAAGCAUCAUAAAUGUUUAAAUGUGACCAACAUCCAUAGUCUUUAUGUAAGUGUAAAGGCACUUUGGACAGACUUGGGUAGAUUGUUUUUGCUUUGCUCGUACAUGCCAGAGACCCAUCUGAAAUCAUUUGAUCCUAGGGCUGCGGUUUCUGUGGAAGGGAGUUUCGUUUCUAAGAGAAUUCAUUUGGUGGUUGAUUCAGUAAUCAUCUACUGCGACUGUUCUGUGUGCAUUGCUGCUCAUUUGGGAUGCACUUACUCUUCAUCUUUGUUACUCUUGAGUGAAGACAUCGCAGUUUAUAAGCUAUUUCACAUUCAGCUAUUUGGCCUAUUCUGUUCAUUCAUGGAAUAUUUGAGUGUGUUAGGUGCAAGGGAUACAGCAGUAAACAAAACUAAAAAAUUACCACGUUCAGGUACUUUACAUUUUGAAAGCAAGACAUUAAACUAAUAAAUAAAAAUGUAUCAGUAGGUGGUAAAUUCUGUGGUGAGAAAUAAUGCAGAACAAAGAGAAUGCCUGGGGAGGUGGGAGUUUGCCGUUGAAAAACAGGCCACACCGAGCAGCUACAUUUGAGCAAAUACUUGAAGAAUGGGAGUCAGGUAUGUAUCAGGAGAGAAGAGUAUUCCAGUCAAAGCAAACAGCAAGUGUGAAGGCCCUGAGGCAGAAGUGUGCCUGGAAUGUUCCAGAAACAAGAGGCUCCCAUGACCGAGAAAGAGAUCACAUGGUGCUAGGCUAUUAGAGGAUUUUGAGCAGAGGAAUGAUAUGAUCUGACUUGUGUUUUGGAGGGAUCUCGCUCUCUGGCCUCCAUAGAGACCUGAGUAGGAAGCGAGGGUGGGAGACCAGAGGGGCAGUUACUGUAGUAACCCACGUGGGAGCUGGUGAUGGGUCUGUCUAGCAUGGUGGCAGCAGACAUGGAGAGAGUGGUGGGAUUCUAGUUUAACACAGUGGCGUGAACUGGAUGUGCUAAGGGAAUAUGUGAGGUGUAUGACAAAGUGAGGGAUGGCUUCAGGGUUUAUGACCCAAGCAACUGGGACUGUUGCACUUGCCACUUCCCAUGUUGGGAAGGAAUGUGACUGGAGCAGGAUUGGGGGUAAGCUUCCAUUGCAACAAAGCACAAAAGUCAAAAGAAAUGAUAAAUUUUUAAUUUUUCUUAACCAUAUAUUUUAUAUUGGAAAUACCUGUUUUAGCCCUUGCAUCAGAAAAAAUUGCUGUAAAUAAACUUAGUUUCCCUGAAACUGAGGCUUGAACCUGGUGGUUUGAGGGUUGGUGGGCUAUUGCGGGGCUGGGGGGUGGCGGUCAGCUGAGCUUUUAAAAUACUAGGUUGCAUGUAUUAUGUUCAUACUCUCCUCUCCUCCUGACUUUAAAAAGUUCCAAAUGCAAAAUGUGAUUUCAAUGAAAUACAACAGUAGCCCCUCUAAAAUAUUCUACAGUUAGCCAGAGAGAAACAGAAACAGAUUUAGCAAUCCUGUACACGUUUGGGGAUUUUAUCUUCAGGAUCUUCCCUUUCUCAUACGUGUUUGGUCUUACUCUCGCACAAGGUAUGUUUAGGGGGUCAAGCUCCUCAGUGCUGUCUUUUGCUGAAUCUAAUGCAAUUACAAAGUCUGGAAUCAAUUUCUCUUGGGCAGAAGUCAUGUCAGUAAGAUGAUAACAGGGACAAUACAUUCUCAUUGGCAUUGCUGCCGGGAGGAAGUGGCUUGUAAGAUGCCAAAAUUUGGGACUGUCGGGGGAUUUUAAUUUGAGGAGCAUUCUUCUGGUAACUGUCUUGCUGAUAGGCCGUCUCCUUGUUCGGAUUCUGGGCUGCACGCCGUACCGACUCGUAACUUGCUUAUAUUGCUCGCAAACUUGUCUGAAACCAUAUUUCCCCACUCCUGUCUUUCUCACCGGAAGGCUUGGAAGAAGGAGCCCUGUUCUUAGGCAAACUUAGAUGACUAUUUGCUGACUUUGGUUGCCGUUGAAUUUUGAGUGUUGACAGGUUUGAAGUGCCCAUGGAUUCACUAUUGGUUGUACAGUUACUUUCCAUUUGGAGAGGUGGGGUUUGGGUUUUGACUUGAAGGCUGAGAUAUAACUGUCCCUAGAUGUAUCUGAUUUCCUGUCCUAUUUUGUUGAUAUUUAAUCCUUCCGAAUAAUGUAAGGAUUUCUGUUUACUGUGAGAAGUUGGGAUCCUUUCUUUGAAGCACAAAAUUAGAGCUGUCUUCUGUGCUGCUGUAGUUGUCCUUCUUCCUUUGAUAAAGCAGUUUGGGAACAGAACUUCCACCGGCCCAGGUGCCCCAGCGUUUGAGCCUGGCCUUGCAGCGAAGAGACACGGACCAAAUGGGAACCGGCGUUCUAGGCUGGCGUCAGGUUUUCUUCAGCUUUAUCUCUGCUUGAUGAAGAUGGACUCAAGAGGUUGGAAAACUCUAUGGCUUGGUACUAAGUUGUUUGAGACCAUCUCUUCUUUUCGUGAAUGUUCUACUGAAUUCGGUGCAAGUGGCUUGCUGUUUCUUGGUAAGAGGCCCAUCCUAUUUUGUGGCUGUGAUUUCAUUAAUCUUUUGGCUCAGAAAAUGAAGAGUUGGAAAAAAAAAUUCUUCUAGAAGCUGGUAAAAGUUCAGUUUAGGGAUAACUCAAAUGUCAUGGGCUCUAAGUGAGGACAUUAAAAUCCUUUCAUUUUCAAAAAGCUUGACAGGUUUUCUAUUUUUAGUUGUACACAUAGUAAGUAGAGACCAUGCCCAUUCAGAGCUCUACCUUGAUUUCUGGGGGUUACUUUUUGAUGACGAAAGAGUUGCACGGAUCAGCAGCUCCUCAAAGUUUAGUUUCCUGGAAAGGUGUUUUGUGACCACAUCAGAUGGACACGGUUUACAACCAUGGGUAAUCAUAAAGCAAGAGCUCUUUAUGUUUUGUCUCUCGAAUUGGAUUAAGUUAUCACACUCCCUCCAUUUUGGUAGCAGUUUUUAACUUGCAUAGCCUUUGAGUUUGUGUUGCCUGCCUUCGGCUUAGGUCGUGAUCCCAGGGUCCCCCUGCUCAGCGGGGAGCCUGCUGCUCCCUCUGCUUGUGUGCUCUCUCUCUCUGACAAAUAAAUAAAUAAAAUCUUUAAAAAAAAAAAACUGUCCCGGGGAAAUGGUAGUACAGGGUAUCAAAUCAUUUAAGCUAGUUUCCAAGGGAGAAGAUGCCUUUCUUGCAUCUGUGUCCUCCAGAGAUCUCAGUCCCAGUUGACAGUGUUGUGGAAACCUUUGGACUUGAAUUUUGGAGAACCAAAACUUGAAUUGGUGGAAUUCUUGGCUGGUUUUGGCUUUCCUUCAUUUUCUGUAUCACUCCACAUCCUGCUUUGAGUGUUGGCAGGCCAUGAUUAUGAUGUCAUAUCAUAUCUGUCCUACAGCUAGACUAAUCACACAGCCAUAAAAUCCUUGUCCUCAGGUUUUUUUUUUUUCCCCAGAAUAGUAAGAGGGUCAUUUAAUGUGUGAGCAGAGCUAUCUCUAGCUCUCUAGAGAGGUUUCCAUGUCUCAGUGCUACUUGAUAGUUUUGUUUAAAGGCUGAUCAACUUCAUCGUCUUUGGGUGAAAUUUUAGCCUUUACAAAUCCUGUAGGUGAACGUCAUGGGGUUCUAGAUUAGUCAGUGAAAAAGUGGUAGGUCCUUGGUGGGGCCAAAAAAUUGUUGGAGUCAGGAUGCUGGAGUGCAGAAGCUGGAAAGACAGAGGAGGUCAGAGAAUGGGAUAUUUAAGGUCAUGUUCUUGGAGGGUUGCCCUUGGUGUAAUAUCUGAGGUGCAGCCAUGGGUGUGAGGGGCCACGGGAAGGGAGCAGACAAAAGCACUGAAGGCUGGAAGGUCAAGUAGCUGAGACCAGGGCUUGGCAGGGCCAUCUGUGUUAGGACAGGCCUCGUUUUAGGGUGUCAGUAAGGGCCCUGCUUGAAUCUUCAGGGAGAGAAGGAAAGUGGGCCAGGGAGGGGCUGGCAUCGAAGCCUGCCACCUGGAUGGGAAGUGAGCGGUGUCCGAGGACAUGGGGUUAAUGGGGGCAGGGCAAGCAGUGCCCUCAGGAGAGCCGGGGUUUAAAUGGGCUAAGGAAAAGGGGACCCUCAGAGGAGAUGCCGAGGACACAAGGCUUUUUGCUGGUGUCUGACCAGGGGUUCCGAAAGGCCCUGCGGGAAUGUUUCAGGACUUAGAAAGGUGGGAAGGGGUCUGUUUGAGCUCAGGUGCAGGCCCCUUGGUGGCGUUGGUGGCUUCAGUUCUCAGAACCUGGUGCCAUUAAGUAGGCAAAUGCCAUGACUGCGGUGGGGAUGGUAGCAGUACCUACCUCACAGAGUUCAUGUGAAGGAUGCUGAGGAGAGCGGCAGGCAGCUUGGUGAGGCGGGUGCCCACUGCUCAGCCCCUGAAAGGGGACAGGCAGGCACGUGGGUGCUUCUGGUGUGGUGCAGGGGGAAGCACACACAACCACCUGUGAACCACCUUGCCUCCUGCACAAGCCACCGAACCCAAAUGUAGGUAGCCUCCAGAUGUGAUCAGCAGUGACAGGAAUACACCGCUCACAGGGACGGGAUAGUUGAGGCGGGGAGGAAUCGGUCAGCCGAAUCCGAGUCAGAAGUUCGGUUAGGGAAAAAGGAAGAGCUGUCGCAAACCGUGAAAGCAGUCUAAGAGACACGUGUCCCAAUGCUGGGGACUUCGUUUGGAUCCCAAUUAGUCCAAACCAGUUGUAAAAAGAUGGACUUUUUGGGAUGCCUGGGUGGCUCAGUUGGUUAAGCAUCUGCCUUUGGCUCAGGUCAUGAUCCCAGAGUCCUGGGAUCGAGUCCCGUGUCAGGCUCCUUGCUCAUCGGGGAAUCUGCCUCUCCCUCUGCCUCUCUCUUCUAUCUCUGGUGAAUGAAUGGAUGAAUGAAUGAAUGAAUGGAUAAAUAAAUAAAUAAAAUUUUUUAAAAAAUGGAUUUUUUUUAGACAAACAAAAAAAUUUAAAAUGGAGUAGAUAUUAGAUGAUAGGAGGGAAUUGUAAUUUUAUUGGAUAUGAUAGUGGUAUUGUUCCAUUUUAAAAAUUGUGGUCCAUAUGGACUAAAGUCUUUAUGCAUCUAACAAAUAGAUGUCUGGGAUUGCUUGAAAAUACUCCAUCUUUAUCCCCAUCCUUACAGUAGAUGAAACAAGAUCAGCAGAACAUUAAUAAUUACCAAAGCUGAGUAAUGGGUGUAUAUGGAUUCAUUGUAUUAUAUUUAGAUGUAUAAAAGUUCCCAUAAGAAAAAGCAUUUUUUUUUUAAUGAGUUAAAAUAUGUCACAAACAGUGUUUGUCACAUAGUAGUAGUGUCUAUAUUUGUCUUACUAUUUUUAAGUAACCUUUUUUUUUUUGCCUAGGCAUCAAGGUUCAGUCAUGUGGGCCAAAAAGGUGGGUAGGUCUAGGCAGAACUGUAAUGCCUACUGGUGCUGGCCUCGCUUGGUGUCACUUGAAAUGACCUUUUGGCUCCGAAAUUCAGAUGCUAUUAGUAGGAUGCAGUUAGAGAACCUGUAUAUUGAACAAAGGCUGGUGGAAGUUUUAGUUCUGCCAAACCCGAUUCUUGUUGUAAAAUAUGAUGCCAUCUUCUGAGUGCCCUGUCCUAACCCGUCUGUUUGGAAUUGCGAUCUGCCCCCUUCCCUCUGGCCCCUACAUACCUGUACUACCUUGACUCUAUAUUGUUUUUCUAGAGCUCCUCUAACUAACUUACGUAUUGAAUUUACUUAUGUAUGUAUCGUGUCUUCGCUCCCAAACUCUGACUAGAAUGUAAGCUUCAUGAGGACAAGGAUUUUUACCUUUGUUCAGUUUUUUUAUUCCAGCACCUAACAUGCUGUCUGAAAGAGAGUAAAUAAUAAAUAUAUGUGAUUAAUAGGUUGUGUUUCUUAAAAAAAAAAAAUGAGGGUAUUACAUCAAUUCGCACCCCUCAUGUUCAUAACAGUGAAAAGUAGGAGUUGAUGUGGACUCAUCUGUACUCUCUCUAGCCCUCCCCUGACCAAUGGCGUCCAUUUUAAGGUGGCUGACCUGAGCUUUGUGUGUAGGCCACAUCACUGCCCCCGCAGCACUCAAGCCAAUGGAACUGAUGGGUUUUAAACUAGAUUGUUAUUUUGAUUUUGACCAUGUGAGACCAUUUGACCAUUUUCCAAAGUGCUCAAUUCCAAAUCACCACAAUGUAUGACAGUGGGAGUCUUUGAAACUAAGGCUUAGGAUUCACACAGUUUGCCAUCUUUUCCCAAAUAUAGACUUAGAUUUUUUAAGAUAAAUUUAUCUUAUUUAUAUUUGUGAGAGAGAGCGAGAGAGAACAUGCAGGAGUGGUGGGGAGGGGCAGAGGGAGCAGCAGACUCCCCACUGAACAGGGGACUUGAUGCGGGACUCAAUGCAGGACUCGAUCCCAGGACCCCAGGAUCAUGACCUGAGCUGAAGGCAGAUGCUUAACUGACUGAGCCACCCAAGUGCUCGAUAAAUUUAUCUUAAAAGGUGGUUCUGAGUGUAAACAAGACCCCUGCUUACUUGAGAGGCUGACAAACUUCCACGGUGAAGCACCAUCCUGAUCCUUUUCUUCAAAACGGCAUAAAACAGUAUGGUAGCCACAGGACAUUGGCAUGCUUGUUAACUACGUAUUUGGUCUUGCCCAGCCUGGUUUAUCAUUAAAUGAUACCAGUGUUGGCAGUAGUAUUGGGAGCUUGUCUCCUGUUGCCCCACCAUGUAAACAUCGUCAAGGCUUGCUCGAGGGGAACCCUCUCUUGGCUGGGGAAAGGGUGAGUCACUUUCCUUUGGGGGGAAAUUUUUCAUCUGUAGAUUCAAAGAGUCAGACCAGGUAGUCAUAAGAUUUCUUCUUCACAAUUCCAUUAUUUUAAAAAGUGUAGCAGAUCAGUGAUUGAGAAAAGACCUUUCAAAGCCAAGGGACCAGACUAGAAUGACAUCUCUUAAAAGAGUUUGUUUAUUAAAGAUACAAUCAAUGGUUAAGGUGCUAGUUACCACAAGGCAAGUUUGCUCUUUAUAUGAAUCAUAAGGCAUCUCUUUCUUACUGUGUGCCAUUUUAAUUUCAUGAUCGGAAUUCUGUUCAUUGUCCCUGCAAUAACGUUCGCUCCUCUAGAGGGAGGUGUGCUCUUGAAUUCUGAUUAUUAACUCAUCCUGUAAGUUGCAUGAAUGGCCGUUAGGCUGAUGAUUGCCAGAACUUUCAGACUGUACAGGAUGCACAGGAUUAGUCAACUUUAUGUUCCCCUUCAAGAAGGAUUAGAUGAACCGAUCUUGUUGAUAGCCGGUGCAUGUUUGGUGGCUGAGUUUUGAAUCAGUCCUCUUCAAGAACUGAGGAAAUAGCUCCUCGGUAACAUUUUUCCAGAAGUUGUAGCUCCUUUAAUCAGGAGUUGCUUUACUUUUAAAACAGCACACAUGCUUCAAGAAAAGAGUAACAGUCACACAAAAACAGACUCCUGAAGAGCCUUAGACUGGGAGUCUGGCAUGCUAUGAACUUGCUAGAGACUCACUUUCUCCUUCUGGGCCUCAGCUUUCCUAUCUAUAAAAUGAAGAUAUUGGAGUGAUGAGGACUCUGAGCUCUAGAGCUGCCGUCUGCGGUCACCACUGGCCACGUAUGACUGUUGGGCCCUUGCAGUGUGGCUGGGCGGGAUUGUAAGUGCAAAAUACACACUGAAUCUUGAAGACUAGGUAUAAAAAAAAAAGAAUGUAAAGUAACCUGGUAACUUAUUAAUAUUGAUUACACGUUGAAAUGCUAAUAUUUUGCAUGCAGUAGCCCCCUGGCCCCACACCCGUGGUUCCGGUCACCCGCGGUCAACCGUGGUCCAGAAGCAGAUGAUCCUCCUUUUCCGACACAUCCUCAGAAAGUCAGUAGUAGCUUAGCACUGGGUCACAGUGCCUGAGUCAUUCACCUUCCUUCCUCCCCUCAUGUGACAUUUUAUCAUCAAACGUUAUCCCAAUAAGAAGGGGAAUACAGUACGGUAAGAUAUUUUGAGAGAGAGAGAGAAACCACAUUCACAUAACUUCUUUUACAGCAUGUUAUCAUUGUUCUAUAUUAUUAUUGUUAAUCUCUUAAUGUAUCUAAUUUAUAAAAUUAAACUAUCAUAUGCAUGUGUGUAUAGGAAAAAAGGAAUACCUACAGAGUUCGGUACUAUCCAUGGUUUCAGGCAUCCACUGGGGGUCUUGGAAUGUCUUCCCCGUGGAUGCAGCGUGGGGGGACUAUAGUAUAUUGGGUUGAAGAAAAUAUAUUAAAAUUAAUUUCACCUA